UAUAAAAGUGAAAAAAUAAAACAUUUCCAAUAAUUUUAAACAAAAGUGAAAACAAAAACUGCAUAAAUGAAAUUUUAGUUUCAGAAUUCAUAUUUAAAAAAAUCAGAAAACCGAGUGAAAGAAAUUUUCCACAGUAUUGAAUACACUUCCGAAAAAUAUUUGAAACGGGAGCAAUGAAAUAUUUCUAUAAAUUUAACAUAAACAAAAAUUUUCACUUAAAUUGAACUAUAGAAGCAAACAAAACGAAUUUGAAGUACAAUAUCCAAUAAAAUAUGUGAAAAAUGACUGUUCAGUUGUGAAAUAAAAAGAACAAUAAAAGUUUAUAAAAAUUUGCAGCGAACUAUUCUCAGGAUUUUAGUUGCAUGUCCUUUAAAGCCUUUGAUACAAAAAUAUGAGAAAUUUCCAAACGAAUCUCUUAAAAGCCUUCAAAUGAGCUCCGCCACAUCAAAAAUGAGCAUCAGAAAAUUUUGUUGCUGUUUUAGUUUAGAAUUUGGUGCAUUUAUGAUUGGAAUUGUUCGACUAAUUUGGGCGUGCAUUGAUGGAUUUGCCAAAAUCACUGGAGGAUUUACUCUUUUGUUUAAUGAAUAUCAAAAUAAAGCAGACGCAAUUCGAUCAAUUUAUUUUGGAAUUUAUAUACUUAUGGCCUAUGGAUUAAGUUCGGCGUUGCUUGUGUCUGGCGUUUUAAAGAAUGACUUUAUCAACCAGAUGCUUUCUGAAAUUCAGUAUGAGAAUGCAUAUCAACUUGGUUAUGUGACUUCAAAUAUUAAUAAAAAGAUCAGCAUAGAAACUUCCACAUUUUUUAUGCUUGACUCUUGCAUGGAUUAUGCUUCAAUUCACUUUAAAAUUAGUUUAGAUAAUUAUUUCAAAAAAUACCUACGAUUUUUGAUUUACAUUCAUGAUUGUGGACUGGAAUCCAUUUUAAAUAACCUCAAAGAACUUAUUCCAACACAAAAGCUUUCAUUCAUGCAAAGUAAAAUGGAAGUCUUUGAAUUUUUACUCAUAAAUGAUGGAGAUUUUCUUUAUGUUGCGACAAUUGAAUGGUUUACAGAAGCAACUUGCAACGAGCCACAAUUAAAAGUUUUAAAUUCAUUUAAUAAAAUUACACAAAAUUGGAAUAAAACAUUAGAAAAUUAUGAAAAGUUUCAGGACUUUUAUAAAUGUGAAUUAAAAUUAGGCUUGAAUAUAAACGAUGGAUUUAUUUGCUGGGGUUCCAUGAAACCAGUUAGCAAGAAUCAAAAAAUAAUAGAAACAUUUGGGGUAAUACCGGAAAUGUUUCAGAUUAUUUCAAAAUUAUACAAUUUUCAAGCUGCAGUCAGUACAAGCAAUGAAAUAAAUGACGUGGAUGUGUACGUUGAUAUGAAAAGAGUAUUAGCAAUAUCUGAAAGCUGGUUGCAUAUGACAUCAACAUUUUUGGAAGUUCGUGACAUGAUUGUAACUACUCCAGGCGAGCUUUACACACCGUAUGAGAAACUUUGGUUACCUUUUGAUGAAACGACAUGGAUUUUACUUUUGUCAACAUUUUUGUUGGCAUUUAUUUGCAUUUUUCUAGUCAAUUACAUGCCAAAGUUCAUCCAAAAGCGAAUAUUUGGCCAACUAGAAAUGUAUGAAUUUCUUCUCAUUAAUGAUGAAAAUAUUAUUAAUUUGGUGACAAUUGAAUGGUUUACAGUAACUGCUUGCAAUGACCCACAACUAAUAAUUUUAAAUUCAUUUAACAAAACCACUCAAAAAUGGGACAAAAAAUUAAAAAUUCAUGAAAAAUAUCAAAAAUUUCAUGAAUGUGAGCUCAAAUUAGGUUUAAUUACAACAAAUACAAACUUAUGCUGGGGAUCAAAGAAGCCACACGAUAUUAAAGCAUAUGGAAUUAUACCAGAAAUGUUUGAAAUUGCAUCAAAAAUGGCAAAUUUUAAACCUUUCAUAAGCAAUACUAACGACGUAGAAGAUGUUGAUGUGUACAUUGAUGUAAAAAGAAUUUCAACUUCACUUCUUGGUUUUGUACACUUUACAUCAACAUUUUUGGAAAUUAGUGAUGUCAUUGUUGCUACGCCUGGAGAACGUUACUCAUCUUAUGAGAAACUUUGGCUACCUUUUGAUGGCACGACAUGGAUCUUGUUGAUUUUGACAUUUUUAAUGGCUUUUAUUGGCAUUUUUGUGAUUAAUCGAAUGCCAAUAUUUAUUCAGCAAAGAGUUUACGGUGAAAAAAAUCAGACGCCAGCAAUAAAUGUCAUUAGUGCAUUUUUUGGUCUAGCACAUUAUAAACUACCAAUGAGACACAUUCCACGGUUCAUUCUCAUCAUGUUUAUCUUCUUUUGCUUAAUUUUUCGAACAUGCUAUCAAAGUAAACUUUUUGAUUUUAUGACGAGUGAGCCGAGACGACCACCACCAAAGUCUAUAUUAGAUUUAAAGGAUAAAGGUUAUAAAGUUCUGUCACAUCUUCCAGAAGAAUUUCUUACAUCCCUACUCGAAGAUGAUGAGUCUGUGUGGCCUCCUGUGCAAAUAGUUGAUGAAGAUAUAUUGAGUAUUUAUUUGCAAACAUAUUCCCAAAACGCAACAGCAAAACUGGCACUAAUUAUACAAUCAAUGACUCUUGAUCUUUAUUAUAUUCAUUAUGGAGAUCAUGGAAAAUGGCAUAAGAUACCCGAUUAUACAUUUCAAGUCACUCAAACAGGAUUUGUUAUUGCUGCAAAUAAUUUCAUGUUUCAGAUUUUUAAUCAAAUCACACAAAGGCUUACAUCAACAGGACUAAUGAAUCACAUGGUUCAAAAAUGCUUCAACUUUCAGAAAAAUGAAACGACUAUUGAAUGGUUUACAGAAAUUCUAUGUAAUCAACCGCAGUUUGAAAUUUUAAACUCAUUCAAUAAAGUGACGCAAAAAUGGCAGAACAAAUUAAAAAAUUAUGUCAAGUUUCAAGAUUUUCAUGGAUGUGAAUUAAAAGUUAUACUUCCUCGCGACUUACUUGUUUGGGGAUCCAUUAUUAAUGAUCAAGGUGUCACAUUUGGUUUAAUUCCGAACCUAAUUACAACAAUGUCAAAGAAUUUUAAUUUCGACGUAUCUUUUCAUGAAGUACAUCUAGGUUUUUAUGAUUUUGAAAUUUAUGUUGAGGUCAGUCAUUUAGCUAGCUUGACAUAUACCAACGAGAUCCAUAUGACUUCAUCAUUUACUGAAGUUCGUGAAAUCAUUUUAGCAACACCUGGUGAUCUUUAUUCGUCUUAUGAAAAGCUUUUACUACCAUUUGAUGACGUUACUUGGAUGUUACUUCAUUUUACAUUCUUAGCAGCAUUUUUUGCCAUUUUUUGGAUAAACUUUUUUCCAAAAUUUCUUAAGGAACGACUUUUUGGUGAAAAUGUUCGAACACCAGCAUUAAAUAUCGUCAGCACAUUUUAUGGAAUUCCACAAUUUAAGUUAUCUAAUAAGCAUAUUCCUCGGUUCAUUCUCAUCAUGUUUGUCUUCUUUUGUUUGAUUUUUCGAACUUGUUAUCAAAGCAAGUUGUUUGAAUUUGUAACAAGUGAACCGAGACGUGCACCACCAAAGACAAUUGACGAUUUAUGGAAGAGAAAUUAUACAUUAUAUUUGGAAGAAGAUGAGUCUAAUAAGCGAAUUUAUAAAAUCAUCAAGAAUGAUUCUCAAAAAUGGCAAGUUUUAAACAAAAAAAAAUAA